CAAGGUCCAAGGAGGAGGAUUUGUCUGAUGGCCGGAUUCGACUUCCCAGCCUACGUGGCGUCUCGGGCGGGCGCUGGUGUUAAGGGGAGCACCAGAAAGCGCAACAACCGAACCUUCAUCACCGAAACAAACGCAAGCUCUAGGAAUCGGAGGGCAAAGGCGAGAAGGGGGACUCCCCGGCCGACCCCCGCAGAGCCCUUUCCCGGGCACUCUUCCCCUAUGCCUGAAGGGGCGUGCGUGCCCCGGGAAGGCGCUAACUGAAUGACAAGUAUCACCCCAAGAUCCCCAAGAAGCGUCCCCUGGGGACUCGGAAAGGCCGGCACUUUUCCCUGAAGCCGAGCUCCCGCGUUUCCAGGCCACGCCUUCAUUUGUGUAAUUGGAGAAGAUUGGACGCAGCACUUUUGACCACGUGCCCAUUCCCACCAAUCGUGGACCUCAGUUUCUGGGAAGGAGAAGUCGGAAUGGCUGGGGCGGUUGCCAUAAAGACAAAAAGUCCACCCCUCCCCGUCCCCCCAACCACUCUCCCCCCCCACCCCCAAGCGUAGGGCACGAAGGAUGGGCGGUGAUUGGCUGAGUACUGGCGGGAGAUUCCUUUAUGGACAAGCACAAUGGAGCCUGAAUGGGAGCCUUGCUGUCCGGAAGAAAACAGAGGGGUGCUGAGUGUCUGAAGAGGAAUUUCCCUGGGCAUCCCGGGAUAUGUAGUCCGGCGCCGAAAGCUGCGCAGGCGCAAGAACCGUUGAAAGUUGGACCUGCGCGCGCGGCCAUGUCCACCAUUGCAGGCCAAGUUCCCUCGCUCGGCUGAGGUGUUUCCGCUGUUUCCCCGUACCUCGGGGGAGCGUCAUUGAGGUCUGUACGUGCGGACCCCGGCGUCCGAGUCCCUUGACUCCUCCCGGCGAACCGUUAUACGCCCAGACACGGGAAGGGACGGGUUCCGGGGGGGAAAGAAAGGAGAGGAAAACGUCGACAGGAGGAAGGAGAGGAGGGACCUGUAACUGAAAGUAUUGCAGGGCGCUCGGGCCAGGGAAGGGGCGGGGCUAGGGGAGGGGCGUGGGCUAUUGCUGGGUCCUGAGUGGUCGCGCUGGAGAAGGGGCGGGGUCAGAUGACUGCCAGCUUCGCCAGCUUCCCCAGAAGACUUCCCCGCGUCCCCCCUUCCCGGUUCUCUCUGAACCCCAAGCUCCUCUGCCGAUGUGGACUCUCUGGGUUUCCUGUAGACACAUGGGUGGAGAAAUUGAGGCCCAGGUCAUACACAAGGAAACAGGGCCCACCCCUCCUUCCAUGGGCCCAGUGAGGAACCUGCGAGAUUGCAGCCACCCUCGAAGGCAAGGCCCCCCCGCGCCCCAGGCCGCGCGACCCCCCAGAAGUCAGAGCAGCUGACCAAGGGCCCAAACCCUGGGAGCCUGAGGAGCGAGCCCCCAAUGGUGGAGGAGGGGGCUUUGCCCUCCGAGGGCGCAGCCCGCACCCAGAGCCCCAGGGAGCAGGAAUUUGAAGGCAUGGCCCCUACUGGGCCCCCCAUGGCCACUUCCAAGGAGCCUGUGACCUUCCGGGACGUGGCCGUGGACUUCACCCCCGAGGAGUGGGGGCGUCUGGGCCCGGCUCAGAGGCGGCUCUACAGGGACGUGAUGCUGGAGACCUACCGGAACCUGGUCUCCCUGGGACUCUCCAUGCCCACACCAGCUGCCAUCUCCCUCCUGGAGCGAGAAGAACCUUGGAUGGCCGAUGUCGAGGCUCUGAGUGGUCCCCAUUCAGAUGGGAGGACUAGGCCUGAGAGCUCAGCAUCGGCCCCGGGCUGGGAUGUUUCCGAAGAAGGAAUGUCCCAGGGGCUGAGGACGGGAAGGUCUGCCCAGGAUGGUCCUUGGAGCCCCCGCUUCGGGGAAAGCCAGGCGUGUGAGGGGUGGUUAAAAGAGCAUCGGGGGCAGAAGACUGGCGCCGACAAGCAAGUCCAGUCUGGGGCCCUGGGCCCUGAGUGGGGCCCGUGUGAGAAAAGCCUCUGCCUGAGCCCCCUGCUGAUCCUGCACCAGAGUCUCUCCUUGGCCCCCCAAUGUGAGGCGCGUGGAAAAAGCUUCCGGCAGCUCUCUCCGCUGAUGGAACGCCAGCUCGUCCGAGCCGAGAAGGCGCCCGGCAGAUACCACUGCGGGGAAGACCUUGGGCACGGCGCGGCGGGCGCGGGCCAGCCCCGAGGGAAGCCCCACAAGUGCAGGGAGUGCGGGAAGGCCUUCGGCCAGAGCGCGCUGCUCACCAAGCACCUGCGGGUGCACACCGGGGACAAGCCCUACGAAUGCGGGGACUGCGGCAAGGCCUUCAACCAGACGUCCCACCUGCGGCAGCACCGCAGGAUCCACAACGAGGAGAAGCCCUUUGGGUGCCAUGAGUGCGGCAAGGCCUUCCGCGUGAGCUCGUCCCUCACCGAGCACUGGCGCACCCACACCGGCGAGAAGCCCUACCAGUGCAACGAGUGCGGCAAGGCCUUCAACCGCAGCACCCACCUGACCCAGCACCAGCGCAUCCACACGGGCGAGAAGCCCUUCGCCUGCGGCGAGUGCGGCAAGGCCUUCAACCGCAGCACGCUGCUGACCCAGCACCAGCGCAUCCACACCGGGAAGAAGCCCUACGAGUGCGACGAGUGCGGCAAGGCCUUCCGCGUCAGCUCCUCCCUCACCGAGCACCGGCGCAUCCACACCGGCGAGAAGCCCUACGCCUGUCACGAGUGCGGCAAGGCCUUCAACUGCAGCAAGCUCCUCACGCAGCACCAGCGCAUCCACACCGGGGAGAAGCCCUACGAGUGCGGCCAGUGCGGCAAGGCCUUCAACAAGAGCCCCAACCUCACUCGGCACCAGCGCAUCCACACCGGCGAGAAGCCCUACGUCUGCCGCGACUGCGGGAAAACCUUCAACCAGAGCACACACCUCAUCCAGCACCAGAGGAUCCACACGGGGGAGGUUUUCUGCGACCCCGGGGCCAGCACCUACGUGUGAGGGUCCCGCCCACGGCUGCCUUGUGUCUGGAGUCCUCCACGAGUCAGGCUCUCCCCUCUGGGAAGGGACCAUCCCGCCGUGGCCCCCGGGGAAUCCCUUAGGCCAGAUGGAUAGCAGACUUCUCCAAAGCUAUUGGGAAAUCAGGAAGGGCUUAGCCCAGAGGGCAGUCAUGGAUGGGCCCUGCCACCCCCAGUUCCCCAGAGAGGCGGGAAUGGCCCCCGAGGCCUUCCCCCAGUCGUUUUUGGGCCUGUGCUGGAGAGGAUUUUCCAGUAACCUCAUCCUCAUCUCCUAUUCUCCUCCCUAUCUUGCUCUCUACUCUCCUUCUCUUCUCUAACCUCACACCACUGGAGAGAACUGGGGAGGGGGCGGGGGAGAGGGGAGGACCCCAUGACUCUCCCCCUAGGGUGGAUCCACGGCCUCUGCUGUGGGAGGAAGUGAUUCCCUGCCCUCUUUGAGGGGGUUUGCCUCUGGUGGAUGUAGUCUGGGGUUGGGGGGAGGUGAGAGUACAGCUCUCCUUGUCUGACUUUGACCUAGACAGAGGGUCAGAAACCCCAGUUCUAAUGCUAGGGGAAUCCUGGGGGAGGGCCUCUGCCCUCUGACCCCUUCACUCACACACUGUGUGGGCAUUAAGGGUGGUCAAUAAAGACUCGUCCCUUCA